CGCACCACGCAAAGUGGCGGCUGCGUGCGAAAUUCUCCACCUGGAAGGCGUCGGAGCGUCUGAGCAUGCGCGGACACCACGAUGGUCACUCAGGGCGCAUGAGCGAGGGGUGUGGCGCAAUGGAGGCGGGAGUUUCGCCCACUUUCUCUCCGUUUACCAAAAUGGCGUCGGUGGCGCUGAAGGGGCUGGUGGUUCCGCAUUUCCUCCCCGAAAGCUGCUACGACGAGUUCUUCGUGCGGUUCAAUUUAAUGCACAUUCCAUGCCUCAAAAUCCUCAUCAGCAAGGGUCUGGGAUUUGCAAUCAUCGCUGGCUCUGUCAUGGUGAAACUGCCCCAGAUCCUCAAGAUUGUGGGGGCCAGGAGUGCCGAGGGACUGAGCUUCUAUUCCAUAUUGCUGGAGCUCUUGGCCAUCACUGCCACCAUGACCUACAGCAUUGCCAACAGCUUUCCUUUCAGCUCCUGGGGUGAGGCUCUCUUCCUCAUGCUGCAGACUGUGACCAUCGGGUUCCUGGUGCAACAUUUUGGGGGCCGCACGGGACGUGGCCUGACCUUCCUCUUGGUCUACUUCGGCGCCCUCUCCGUCCUGCUGUCCCCGCUCAGCUCCAUGGCUGUGGUCACAGCGCUGCAGGCGUCCACUAUGCCUGCCGUCAUCAUCAGCAGGCUCCUGCAGGCAGCCACCAACUAUAGCAACGGACACACAGGACAGCUGUCUGCCGUCACCGCCUUCCUGCUGUUCGCAGGGUCCCUGGCCCGGAUCUUCACCUCCGUCCAGGAGACGGGGGACCCUCUGAUGGCCCUCACCUACGUGGUCUCCUCGACUUGCAACGGUAUCAUCAUGGGCCAGCUGCUCUACUACUGGAACGUUCCUGUGGACAAACGCAAGAAGGAGUAGGGGGGCCACGGGGGUGGGAAUGGGUUCUGAGCCAGACCUGCUGCUAGGAAGGGGCACCUGCCCAGGGACUUUGGGGGGGGGGGGGGGGGGCGGAGCAGAUUAGUUCUUGGGGAUUUUUCUACCUGUACCCUGUAAGCUUUUUUGUUAUUAAAUUCACUCCUGAUGCGCUCUGCAA